GAUUGUAAGCAAGUCAGUCAUCAACCAACUCGCGCCUGGAAAUCAUGCAAGCGAUAAAUGCUCGGAUCUCCUCGCAGCAGAUACAACGCAAGUGGAGGGAAGACGCUAAUACUCGACGACAUGAAAAGAAAACGAUUUAAUCAAGUCAUAAUCAGAACCUAUUAAACUAAAUCAAUUGACCAUACAAUUUGUGUGCGCUUACGCCGCCAGCAUUCUUGGUUGUCGUCGUCGUCGCUGUCGUAGUCGUCGCUGCCGCUGUGGUCAAAUUUUAAAACAAGACAUAGCACAGGAAGGCUCUCCACAACUGAUAUCGUUUUGGCUCUUCGCGUUUGUUUAUCAAGCGUACUUCAGCGGGCUUAAAAACUGUUUGUGGUGCCUUGAACUUCAAAUUGUUGAUGUCGUCUUCGUGUUAUCGCGCGGGUGCAAACUGUGGCAAAAAUUUUCGUGGGAAUUUUUAUUAUUGCCGCUGCAUAUACAUACAUAUGUACAAACAACCCAUGUGAGGUUCAAAGUCAAAUGUAAUUAAAUUUCGUAGAGGGCAUCCUCAAUUGCAGUGACAUCCAUUUCCCUGCCGUAACAACACUCCAAUGAAAAGUGUUUACCAAUAUUAAAUAUUCUUAUCAGCAAUUGGUUGCUGGUUGUUUGUAAUGUUUGUGCCCAAAACGAAGAAGAAGUUUUUAAGUUGUUUGACACAAUUCUCUGGGUGGCGGGUGUGCUGAAGUAAAGGGUACUAAAGGUUGCCGACAAAAAGAUACAACAUUAGUACCAAUAUAAUUAUCUUGAACCAAAAUCAAAUAAAUAGUACAUUUCAAUUAAAUACAACAACAUAACUGUAACAUCUCUCUAUAUGUGUGUAUGUGAUUGAGUGAGUGCAUGUGGUGUGCAUGUUUGCGCCAAAGAUACCAUCACAGAGGAAAAUAUUCAAAUAGAAUCGAAAAACUAACUGUUCUCUCGUAAACUACACACCAUACUACUAAAGACGCAUGAAGGCGCCACUUUUCCUCAAGACUAAAAAGUAUAUGUGUGGGUGGACUACAACUAGCGGUCAAUUUCUUUGUUUUCUCAACAAAACAAAAACUAAACCACCAGCAUUAAUUGUAAUUGAUGGCAGUGAUGGUCGGUCAUACUUACCCAAAAGUUAACUGCCCACUGGUGACUGUGGCGAUGUCGCCAUCGCAUAGCUUAUAUGAGAUCAAAUAAAAGCUCUUAUACAAUGAUGUAUAGGCACUUGAGUGAGUUCCUUAUCGUGGGCCAGAGAAUGCCAUUUCAAGAAAUAAUUGAAAUGUUUUUUAAUUUGUGUAAAACAUUUAUUAUCUACAACGGAAUUAGUAGUUAUUUCAAAACAAAUACAAAAAUGUUUACCGCCUUUAGACACGAUAUUGUUUUUGUUCAAUUUCCAUAUUUAAAACUUAAAAGUACUGUUGCCUAAUAUCUAGCUUGUCCCUCCUCAAUCAAUUUGUGAACAAAAGUCUUAGCGCCUAGUGACAUUCAAUAUUAGUUCAGAAAAUGAGUUAGCAUUGCAAGAAAUUGUUUACCCUCAACUUAGUUGCUCACUUUCAUUGUAAUCAACAAGUGGUAAAAUAAUCGCUCGCAUCCAAUUGACUGUGGAUUUAUGGAAACUCUGUAAUAGCCAGAUGUUUGAAAAGGCGCGUUUACAACUAGGACUAAACAAGCAUUACAAAAGCGGUCAGUUUCCAUUUGAUGGAAGUCAGGUACGCAUAUUGGUCUAUAGGGAGUGCGAUACACGAGGGAGACGUUUGCUAUUUGAUUCCAAUGCCUUGGAAAAGGUUUAUCUGAAGGAGAGAAAUGGUAACAAUGCUAACACAACCAAACAUAAUGUGGUCAAAUCGACCUUGUCCUCAUUUGGUGGACAACAUCAUCAGCAUCAAAAUGCCUCUAACAGUAGUCAUAAUAACAACCACAAGGAAUCAUUGCUGACGGAUAGAUUAGAGAACUCGUCUUCAUCGUCGGCGACCAAUAGCACGAAUAAAGGGCAUUCCAAUGGCAGCUUCAUAGAAGUGUGCGAGGAAUAUGGCUUCAAGCACAAUAGGCCAAACACCACAGACAUUAGCAGUAUUGGCGAGAUGGUAUUCGGUGCCUUGGCCAUGUCUUUUAGAGGGACCUCUUUAAAAGUCCAUUGGCUGGAGCCACCAUCGAGACUGUUAUGUUCGCAAGUAUUUCUGACACCUCUGAGGCAGAGCAGCAAUGGUCAUUCACCAUAUUCCACACUCUCUACAAAUAGCCUUGCUACCCCGCGUACCUCAAUCUGCAGUGAACAUGGCUCUAUAGAUGGGCUAUCGAUGAGCUCAUCAUUCUCAUUGCCUUUUUCAGUGGGCAUUGGCCGAAGGCAAAGUCUUACGCCCAGUGAUCUCAGUACAUCUGUGUCGUCGCCCCUCGAUGUACCCUCCAUAGACCAACAAUCGAUUUUGACAAGCACUGACAGCGCGGCUGAUAGUGGUCAUCGUUUCUCAUCGAGCCACAGUACAGGCAAUGAUUCUGGCUAUUCGGCCAUGAGUCGUGGUGGCGGCCAUUCAUCCUCCGAUCAAUGGUCUGCUUCAUAUCAAUAUUCAACACGAAGCAGUUUAGGAUCUGUGAUAUCUGAGCAAUCGGAACGCGUACGUAAAUGCAGUAUCGAUUCGAAUUUUUACCCCAGCAGCAGUUCAGGUAGUGCAAGUGGCAUGAGAUUAUCAAGCGAUGGUAGCCUCCAACGACGGAUAUCACGAAACAUGGUCACAUCAUUCGAAAAUGAGAAUUCUAUGAAUGAUUUAAUUGGAUUCGUCACAGACAACUAUACAAAUGUGAUGAUGAUGAACCAGAGUGGCACCGCUGGUGCUGGUGGCAGUGAAGGACUUAACCUUGGUAUUAAUUACCGUAGGGCCAGCUAUGCCACAAGUGAAUCUCGUAGUAAUCCCGAAAUGGGUCGAAAGCGAGAAGUUUGCAAUAAUAUGAAAUCAAUAUCACGAAGAGCCAAACUUGGCCUAGCAGUUUGCAUCACCAUGAGCGAAUCGUUUGAGGAAGAAAUGGAGUUAUUUUGCAGUGAGCAUAUUGCGCUGUUUGAGAGUAUGCUCAGCCGCUUAAGAGCCAGCACGGAGAGGGCUUACAUUCAUCAUAAUCACUUUUUGCAAAUUAUGUUUCAAAUAUGGCAAGAUACUCAGCAGUGGUUCCUUGAUCUAUUUACGGCGCCACGCAUCAAAUGUCCAGUGUGGUUGAGUAUUACCACGAGUGGUAGCAAGUACUCCAAAAAUGUCGCCGAACGUUUUAUAAAGGAAUUGUGCUGGCUACUUUCCUUUGCUGAUACCAAAGAUACAAAUUUUUUUAUAAGCACUAUGUUGACGGCUAUAUUGACACAUCAUCUGGGAUGGGUGCCCACUGUGUCGCCGUUCAGCUCAUCAUCAUCCACCGCAGCUAUUGAACAAAGAGCCAAAUUGCUACAAGUCUCGCAGAAGCAUCCCUACAAUGCUUUAUGGGCCCAAAUGGGAGAUCUUUUUGGGGCCAUUGGAAUACCUCCGAAGCUUGCCAGGACUGUUAUCUAUGGCACAGAAAAGUUAUCUGUUGAAAGAUUACUAAAUGUCCUAACCUACUUCAUUAGAUGUGGCGAAGUAAGAAGAUCGUCAAAAAAGGAAGAGUUCAGGAAAGAGACUAUUAAUGAGAUUGUGGGCCAGUCUAAGAACGAAACGUUCAAAAAGUCCACACUCUUCGGCAAAGGGGCACGCAGUGAUCUCAAGUGUAUGAUGGCUCAGAGCAGCGGUAAAACCUUAAGUAGGUCUCAGACCUGCAAACAAAAUCUCAGCUUACACGGAAGCUGCCAGGAAGGUAGCGAUUUUGGAAUCUGUGAAAAGGAUGAAGAAUAUGCAGAAGAGGACGAAACGGAUCAUUUGACCAAUGAGGCCAUCCGCACUUACAAAAAGAAUGAAAUUCCAACCGUGCUGGCAUUUAGAGAUUCUCGUUUUGUGCAGCAAGAGUUGCGUAUUGGUAAUUAUCUUAUGGACACAGGCAUUGAGAAGAAUUCUCUGCCCCAGUAUCAGCAGGCAAAACAGGCGAAUGGAGGCAACAAGUCCGAGGGAAGAAUACGACUAACUCUAACCACCCCAGAGAAUGUUGAAUUAAAUGUAGAGGACGCAACUUCGGCGAACGAUGAAGAUGGUGUCAUGGAAGCCAUCGAAAUAGAACCGCAGUCAACGGAAAUGGCCAAGGAAAAGUCAAUUUCCUCCAAUAUUUAUAGGAAGAAGAAACCAUUUUUCUGGAGUAGUAUGACCGCAGGCGAUGUCAAAGAAGGGCUAAGUUUGAAUGAGGUCAAUAAAAUUCACCAAUCUGUGAGUGCUGCUGAUCAUCAGGCCACAACUUCGGAAGACAGGUUAAGUGAAGGAAGGAAAAAACCCAAACAACAUUUAUCGUUGUCGGAUCUCAUAACACAAAAUAGCAUGGGUAAAAGCGAUUGCCCCAUGACAUGGGGCAUUGAGCCCGUAAAGGAAAAUGUCAGCCUAGAAGAACAAAUCCAUUUUGAUUACUGCCAUAAGCUUAUUGAACGUGAUCGUGGCAUUUGUCGCAAUCGAGACGAUGGAAAGGGAGUAGUCUUUGUUCUGGGCGACAACGAACCUCUGGUCAACAUCAAGAAAAGUACGGAAGAUUUGAGCACGGACGCUUCAGAUUCCAAAUCUACAACGCCAACAGAAGCACCGUCUCAAUCAAACGAGCAGUUUCUAUGUCCCCUUCAUCAGCGCCUGCAUACUCAUUCCGCCUCGGAUACUUCUAGUGGUGGCGGUGUCGGCGGUGUGACCACUCUCAAUUCGCAACAGCAAUUGAAAAAGCACUCGGGUGUUAAGUUUAACUUUGAACAGUAUCCCCAGAUUGUAACGAAUUACAUGAAGAGCAAAAAUCUGCUUAUGACCAACUAUGACUUACUCAUGGAUAAGUGUUCGAAACUGGAAAUCAGCCAGUGUAGCCCCCAAGCUACAGAUUGUAACAGCAAUGCAACCAAUGCAAAUACGGACACACCACAACAAAUUAUAACAAAUACAACAUUCCCACAGACCGCACAAACCACCUCAUCCUCCUCCUCAUCGCAAUGUUUAGUAUGCAAGGGUCUUUUGAAUGCCUACCAGACACCAUCAAAUGCCACUGAAUUAGAAUUUGAAACAGAUGAAGUUCAUGGAUUUGCCAACAAGACUGGCUCUUCGCCAACAUUGGUGGGAAAAGCAUCGGCAACAACCACAACUCUAACAUCGGUUAGCUCACAGGCAUCGGUGCAAACCCUGAUAUCCGCAGCGGAUCAACAACAAUUAGAAAUGAUGGCAGAAAUUUCGAAAGGCGAUGACUCCUCCAACCCAUUGACUCGAAUAGAGGGACCCAAGAAAACGACAUUCAGUGCAAACCAAAAGAAAUGUUCCUCCCAACGUGGCUCUGUGUCCUCGGUCGCAGCCAAAUGUGCGGCAGUUAAUGAAGCAAUGCAUCUAUUACAACUGCCCAUACCUCUGAUAAAGGAGCUGCCACAAGACGAUGAGCUUUCGGGCGAUAUGAAGUUGCCGGUUGGCUUUAUUCCGUCUUUGUUUUUAAAUGUCAGUGACCAUUAUAUUCCCGAUAUGGUCUUGCAGGGUACCUAUGCCUCACCUUCCAAAUGGGAAAUUAAUCUACGAGAAGAUCUAGCGCUGGCCGCCCAUUCCGCUUCUUUAAUAUCACUGCCUGCCGAAAACAUUGCCAUUAUAGCUGACAUGGAGAAAUGGGAUGUUAAACUCAUCUCGUCACAAUUUCAGCAUUUCCCAUACGCUGGCGGACAAAGUGCUCCCGUGGGCAUGUCGCAAUUGGUGUCUUCAAUGCUGGAAACUGUACAAAUUAUGAAUAGCGCUGGAAUAUCGGCUUAUGAGUGUUUAUCAUUUAUGGAAUCGAAGCUGCAGGAAAUAUAUUUGCAUUCGGAAACCUUAGCCGCCUUUCUGCUAGAAACAGAUUUCUGUUCCUUAAGUGCUGUGACAACAGCAUUAAAUCUCUCUGAAAACGAUGUGCCACUUUUGCUAUCGAUUGCGUCCAUUCAUACGCCACAAAUAAGUAAAAAAUGUGGCAUUAGCUUUAGAUGACAACAAACUCCUCCUUCCCAAUGUAAAACCGACUUUGUGAAACAAUGACAUUGUAUUAACUCAUCUUCAUAAUUCAAAAUCAUCGUGGACAUCCAACAUUAAUUGCAUAUAUAUACAUAUAUUAUAUAUAGAUUUUGUAAAUAUGUAUGUAUAUCAAGCUUUUCUCAUUAUUUAUUUUAGAUAUUAACUAAUAUAAGAGUUAGUGCAUUAGUAUUAGGACAAAUCGUAAUCUAAAAUCCUCCAUCAAGGAUUGGAUUUUCAAACGUAUGUCAUUUUUGAACAUACCAUAUGAAAUGUGUCUGGUUGAAUUCCCCGUCCUGCCCCUCUUCCUGUCCCUGUAACCAAUACCUCCCCUCCACACACAAAUAAAUAAUAUCGCAAGUAUUUAUUGUUAUAAUCUAAGUGUAGACAUAGCACUAGCAUUAAACGACGAAACAAAGGAAUUUAAUUGAAAUCAACUACAUGUGUAAGCAAUAUUUAUGAUGAUCUUUUUUCUUUUUUUUUUUUUUUUGUAAAGCAAUAACAACACAACAGAUUGAAUUAAUUAAAA